AUGGCUUACGUCCUCCAGCUCGCCCCGCUGCCCGGCCAGUGCUGUGCGUCCGCCAGUUCCGAUCCGCGCGAUCCCAUCCGGAUCUUCGACCUCGCCCGCCAGUCAGCCAUCGGGGCGAUCGCCCAUCCCCACGCCCUCGGCCGGCCCACCCAGCUGAGGAGCAGCCCCGCCCUCCUGCUCGCCUGCUUCGCCUCCCCCAGCACCGUCCUCGGCUGGGACCUGCGCACGCCCGACCACCGCCCCGGCAGCCAGCCGACCAUCCGGCUCGCCGGCCACUCCCCAACACCCUUCCUCGCCCUCGCCCACUCCGACUCCGACUCCCAUCUCAUGAUCGCCGCCGGGAGCGCGAAGGAGGACGAGUCGACGGCGAGCCAGAUCGAGCUCUUCGACCUGCGCGGGCCCUCCCUGCCGUGCUGCGUCUACGACCAGGCCCACUCCGACUCGGUCACCGCCCUCGAAUUCAGCCCGGCCGGGAACACCCACCACCUGCUCUCCGCCUCAACCGACGGCCUGCUCGCCAUCCACGACACCUCGCUCGCCGACCAGGACCAGUCCAUCCUGCUCACCUCAAACACCGGCGCCAGCCUAGCCCACGCCCAGUGGCUGCCUGCCGACCCCAAGACGAUCUGGGCCGGCUCGGACAUGGAAACCCUGAGCCGGUGGGAUGCCGAGGAGUUGUCACUCCUCAAGGAUUAUGGCGAUCUGAGGCAAGACAGUCUGGCCAAACCGGACCCGAGCUGGCUCCAACCGGUCUCCUACCUGAUCAGCCUGGCAAACCCAUCCCCCACACGAUCCGCUUACUUUGCAGGCUCACAAUCGGGCGACGUCGCAUUGGUAGAGACCACUGAUCCAGAGGCCGACCGAUGGAAGCUGUUGGGAUCAUUCAACGGAGGCCACUCGGAAAUGGUCCGAUGCGCCACACUCCACCCACAGAACGGUCUGGUUCUGACCGGAGGAGAAGACGGGAUGGUCUGUAUAUGGUCCAACGACACAGCCAACCAGCAGAGCUUCCGACUCGUCAAUCGCUUCAAUCCUUCCGCCACCCCGGCCAUCCAGACUCAAAACCAACGGGCUGCUCAUCCCCCGCAUCCCACGCCUGACUCGGGCCUGAUCAACAAGACACACUCCUCCAAGGAUAACCGAUUCAAACCCUACAGUCGUCAUUAA